CAAAAAAACCCAAAGGGGACGUUCGCAAAGAUUGAAACAUUUCAUUCCCCGGCCAUUUCGAACGUCCCCAAAAUCAGCGAGAAGAAAGAACCACCGAAAUCGAAUCGGAAAUGGCAGAUUUCGUGGAGGCCGAGAAUGCAGAAGCGAUAUUUACCAGAAUCGAGCACAAAUCCCGCAAGAUCGAGAGUCUGCUCAAACAGCACAAACCAGUGGAGGCUCUCAAGACGGCUCUGGAAGGUUCCCCACCUCGCACUGAAGACGAGCGCUGUAAGUCUGCAAACUGGAUUGUGGUGCACAGAGCGAUAAUGGCUAUUAAAGAUGUGGAUAGUUUGAUGUCGUCCCUUGAUUCCGAGUACUAUGAUGUCCUAAUGAAGUACUUGUAUAGAGGGCUAUCGACCGGAGAUCGUCCCACAUGUGAUCAGUGUUUAAGAAUCCAUGAGAAGCUGACAGAGAGAGCUGGUUUAGGGUGUAUAUUAAGAACACUGGCAGACAAAGUUAACACUGUUUAGUCAUGGAAUCCCAGUUGAGAUGAGAUUUAUGUCCUGUUUUAACAUUUUAUUAUGGUCUUUUAUUUUCAAUGUCAAUCACAAACUUGUGCAUUGCUGCCUGCCAAAUUUGAAACAAGUAAUGGCACCGUGUAAUCAAAUAAUAAGCCUACAUUUCUUCA